CUUUUCUCUUCUUAAUAAACUGACAUGUUACUUCAAAUGUCUGUCAUUUUUAUACCGUUCCCUUAAGUGCCCUUAGUUUCAUAUCGUUCAUUGGUUUCAAAAUGCAAAGGUCUUCUUUCGACAUUACAUUAACUGCCAUGAGAUUUGUUUUAUGACCGCCCCUUCCCACCCUGACCAGUAAAUUGUACAUGCAAUUAAAUAGACUUUGAAUACAAAGCAUCUGCAUAUUUGUCAUGGUAUGGUAUGAAUAGCUAGCACUUAGUUUGAAUACAUUUUACCACAGGAAUGAAAUUGAUGAUUAGAAUUCUGGUCUAACUUUUGAAUUAUAUUCUUGUCUGCACCCUCAAUAGACACCACACACAAAUACAAACACAGUACAUAUACUUUAUUUUAAAUAUUCUCCUUGGAUAAAGGGCCGUUAUGUAGGGAAGAUAUGACAAUCUACCCAAACCAGACAACCAAACACUUAGGGAUUUCUAAGACUAUGUAGUAUUUUCUCUCUCAUUACAGUUGGGCACUUCCGAUUGCUCAACCCUUUCUUGUUUUGAUCAUUGACCGUUAAUGUGAAACAAGUUGUCUUUUAAUCAAGUCAUCCCUUUUUACUUGCCACUGAGGAUGUUGAAAAAGCUUUUUUGAAUGUGGCCAGUUGGCAUUUAUUAAUGCAUAAUCAAAGAAAACUGUCUUUAGUUUGACUUUGGAUUUAUUUAAUGCAUAACUAUGUAUUGACAACUUAAUUAAACUGGCCAAUUUUUGAGGGGGAUAAUGACCUUGUAAUUAACGUUACCUGAUGCCGGCAUAUUACUUACAUCAUGUAUGUGGCAUUAACAAGCAUCUAGUAGUUAUCAAUUAGGAUAGGUGUUUGAGGGGUGACAGACCUUUUUUUUUAAUUUAAUUUUAUUAUUUUUUUUUAUUUUAUUCUUCCCAGUUACAUCUAUGGGAAUAUUUUUCACUGACCUGCAAGCAUAUCUCAUGCCUUUUUAAUAUAAUAUAUCCCUCAGAAUUUCAUGCGCAUGCAUUUUGGAAAAUCAUCGUUUUAGCAAUGACAGACAUUUCUUGUAACAUUUGUUGUCACUUAUGUUUGCUGAUUGUUUGGUUGAGAUAAUGGUCUGUUGCAUGUCCACGUUGUCCUUUGUGAAGACUUGCCUAGUGGGGCUUGCUGACUCAGUAUCCCAACCUAGUAGCCUCAUGAGCUCAUGUGAGUCUUCCACUACAUGAUCAGAGUACACACAUUGUGAGAACUUGCUGAAAUAUUGGUCUAAAAUUCCAAAAGCUGCCUCAAAUGGCAUUGGUUUCCAACAAACUCUGCCGACAACUUGUGCUUUUUUCUGUUGGAAUUGGUGGCAAAAAUUUGGAUGGUAAUAAACUUGUUGAAUGUUCCCACCCACAUUUAGAUGAAAUUACCUCAUACUUGUCCCCAGGUACGUUGUGCAGUAUACAUCUGGCCCUGCAUAACGACCCAGCUGCUAAUAAGGCACUUAAAAUGUACUUACUCUACAUGGGUGUUUAUAUACAGAUGAAAAUUUACAUUCAGAUUGGCCUAUUUUCAAAUCUUAGACUGAAUUGAAGGAAUGAGAAAUUUUGAAGCUGCGUUUGGAGAUGUUUUCACACAGCAUUUGUAACUGCAGAAGAAUUGCUGUAAAAUAUUGUGACUAGGACACUUUAUUAGAUCUACUGGUUGUGUUUGCGGAAGUAGCUAGCUAUUUGCUAUGUCAGUUACUACAGACAGUUGCUACUGUUAGUUGCGACUAUGGUCAAUUUUUUCACUAUUCACUAUCCGAUUUGGUGGCUGCUUUGAAAGUGACAGAUUCGAUACCCUGUGUUUCUAAUGAUCAGCAGUCGUUGUGUAAUGGUGGUGUGUAUUAUACCGCAUCGUGGUUAGCUUAUUCAAUAUUUGUGACCAAGUAGUUGUUUUUCAUGGCUCCAGUUUUUCCACCCUAAGUUUGUACUAGGCUAAGACUUAAUUAGCCUUUUGGCGAAAACAUCUUGUUAAGCUGUUGCAGACAAGAUAGCAUGACCUGUUUUAUAUUUGCUUUCAAAUGCAAUUUGGGGUUUACAUCUCUUUCCUUUUCUUUUUAAUUCCAUUAAGACCCCAUGCAACCGGAGAUUCACGAGGAGACAUCUGCUUUGUCAAGAAGGCGGCAAUUUUUAAAUUUUUUGGUGCGGAUUGGACUGGAAUGUCCGAUAUUUUGCUUUUGCUUCCAAUUGUUGAUGUGGGUGCAUCAGUUAUGUGAUUUUUAAAUGGAUUUGAACUGUCUUCAUGCUGUGAAAUUGAGCAUUAAAUUGAAUUGUUUUUUUUUGUUUUUUUUUCAAGGAAAGUAAAUGCUUUGUCUCAUUUCAGAUUUGAAUGUGGUUUUGAUGAUAAAUAAAAUUAUUGUAUUUUUAAAAGAAACAUGACUUUGUCCUUGGUUAGUGAAAUUGAACAAAACUUAAUUCUCAAGUUGGGUAAGCUGGUCUUUGGAUCAGUGUAAAGGUCAACAGCUCGGUUCUUUCCUGUAUAGUCAAUAUAGCUACGAUUUUCUCUACAUCCACAAGACUUACUAAUGUAGGACCUUCAUGGAUACUGGACCUUUAUGACCUUUAUAUUAUGCAAAGUUAUUAUGAUCUUUAUCUAGCCGUAAAGGGUUUCUGGACCAAUCAAUUUCAAUUUCCGUACAUUUAGCAAUUGUUUUACAAGAUAAAGCUUGCAAACUUCGUUUACAAAAAAUAGCUGGUUAGGCAAUAGCUAUCUCUUCAUUACAUUUUGCUGUAUGAACAAUGCCUUUAAGACGACAUUGUCAUUUUUCACGUAUUCGACAUUCUGUAGCAACGAAUAUCUGUUUAAAUUCAAUUUAUUUUAGUCUUUAGUUGUGGGUUACAGCAUAAAAUGACAUCAAUUAUUCAAAACGCAUAACCACAGCACAAAUGCUUACACCAUUUGUGCUUAAAGCUCAGUUAUUUAUUACGUGCAUGUAAUUCUCACACCAUUACUUUAACAUGAGUCAAGUCUGAUGUAAUUUUACUUUAUGAAAUGGUGUCCAAGGCACCCCUAACACCAUAAAAUGGCUCCUGUUGUCUCAUUUCCUGUCUGAACAGGAAGUGAUGGCUUAGAAAAUAAAAUAUUCUUUGCAGUUUUUCUGCUAUCUGAUUUAGGAAAUUAUUUGAACAAAGUCUAUUCAACAGCCUAAAUGUUUACAUAAUUGCUUAUGAAAAACAAUCUUUUAAUUACAUAUUUUUGUUCAAAAUAAAAAGGGGUGGGUCUUUAGUCUAUCACCUGAGUGCUGGGUAAAUGGAAAGAACGUCAAUCAAAGGCUAAGCUUUCAGAGCUGGGAAGGAGCUCUAGAUGGCGGAUGAGCCUUGGGAAGUGAAACACGUCGAGAGUCUCUAGGCUUUUGGCUGGCUCUCCUUUAACUUUAAUUGACUCUACUUGUCGCGAUUUUGACCUUUAAUAUAACAUACAAACGCGAAUUGUAUGAAGAUAUUCGUAUUUUCCGUGUAAAAUCCGUGUAUAUCGUCGAGAGGAUCAGCGCUGUAGUGUGAAUGCGCGAGUCGUUGUUUUCCCUGCCUUGCUCUGGCAGCCAUGGCGCUCCUCCAUUUUUAGUGCGCUUCGCUAGUUACCUCAGACUCUCAACCCCGCUUUACUGGAGCCUUGUCCGGACAGUAUUAAUAUAAUUCGUCUAAGAAAUAGUGUAGAAUGUUUUAAACGGCGACUUUUUGCAUUUUGGACACAAAGAAUAAAACGUCGAUUUCUGCUGGCACGAAUGUAACUUAUUACAGUGCAACGUUUCCCCUCGGUGUCUUUGAAUGGAAAUAGUAAAUACCUGGACAUAACAUCAUAACAAAACUUUCCAAGUCACAACGAUGAUGAAGAAUAAGUCUAAAAAGCAGGAGGAUGAAGGCUCAACUCAAAGCAAUUUAUCCAGUAACUCAGCCUCUGAGGAAUCCAACCACUCGGCCUCGGAGUCAGGCAGCCAGUCGGAGAGCGAGCAGGGCAGUGAGCAUGGAAGCCAGCAUGGAAGCCAGCAUGGCAGCGACCGGCCCCGCUCGCGACGCUCCGAGUCCAACAGCACCUCCGACUCGGAGAGCCACUCGGCCUCCGGGAGCGAGUCCACCGGGUCCAAGUCACAGCAUCCCUCAGGGGAUGCCAAAAACAAGCCUGUACGGAAGAAAGACAAGCUGGCCGAUGUGAAGAAGAUGUGGGAGGAACAUCCAGAUGUGUAUGGGGUCCGGAGAUCUAAUCGCAGUAGACAGGAGCCCUCACGCCUGAACAUAGGGGCAGAGGGGAGCAGUGGUUCAGAGAGUGAAGGUGUCAAAAGAAAAGGACCGAACAAGAAAAAAAAUGCCAGGAAAGAUGAUGAUGAUGAUGAUGAAGAAGAUUAUGAGGAUGGUGAGGAGGAAGCCAGCAGUUCAGAAAGUGAGCAGGAAGAGAAUAAAGUUAGAUCCAGACGACUUGCUGCCCGAAGACCUCAGACCAAAACCAGCGGGGCAAAGAAACAGCAGACUCAAAAGGGACGCAAGCAAAGGAAGCAAGACACGUCAGAUGAAGACGACGACGAUGACGACGACGACGACGACGAUGAUGAUGAUGAUGAAGAUGACACCCCAAAGAGACAAACCCGCAGAAGUGCAGCUGCUAAAGUCAGUUAUAAGGAAGACCAAAACGAUUUUGAGACGGACUCGGAUGACCUCAUCGAGAUGGUAGGAGAGGGGGCCGAGGAGCAGCAGGAUGACGACAGUGAGACCAUCGAGAAGGUCAUGGACACAAGAACUGGGAAGAAAGGAGCCACUGGGGCGUCCACAACUCAGUAUGCUGUAGUGGAGAAUGGGGACCCAGGGGCAGACUUUGACCCAGAGAAGGAUGAGGGGGAGACGCAGUACUUAAUCAAGUGGAAAGGCUGGUCCUACAUCCACAACACCUGGGAGAGUAUGGACUCCCUCAUCCAGCAGAAGAUCAAAGGCGUGAAGAAGGUGGACAACUUCAAGAAGAAGAAUGAUGAACUUCAGUAUUGGUUGAACAAAGCUUCUCCAGAGGAUUUGGAGUACUACAACUGUCAGCAAGAGCUCACCAUAGACCUAAACAAGCAGUUCCAAUUUGUGGAAAGAAUGAUUGCUGUGAAAACGGGAAAAUCACAGGGACCUUCCGACUUUCCCUCGCACAAGACCACAUCCAACGAGCCAGAGUACCUGUGCAAGUGGAUGGGUCUCCCUUACUCUGAGUGCAGCUGGGAGGAUGGAGCCCUGAUGGGCAGGAAAUUCCAGCACUGUAUCGACAGCUUCACCAGCAGGAACACCAGCAAAACCACCCCCUCCAAAGACUGCAAGGUAUUGAAGCAAAGGCCACGGUUUCUUCCACUGAAGAAGCAGCCUUCUUACAUUGGGAGCGAGACCCUGGAUCUAAGGGACUACCAGCUCGAUGGUGUCAACUGGUUGGCACACUCCUGGUGCAGGUGUAACAGUGUUAUAUUAGCAGAUGAGAUGGGCCUGGGGAAGACCAUACAGACCAUAUCCUUCCUCUCGUACCUGUUCCACCAGCACCAGCUCUACGGGCCUUUCCUCCUGGUGGUGCCCCUGUCCACGCUCACCUCCUGGCAGAGGGAGUUUGAGACCUGGGCCCCGGACAUGAACGUGGUGGUGUACCUGGGCGACGUCAUGAGCAGGAAAUCGAUCCGUGACUAUGAGUGGAUUCACCAGCAGACAAAAAGAAUCAAGUUUAAUGCACUUUUGACCACAUAUGAAAUUGUACUGAAAGACAAGGCCAUUUUGGGGAACAUAAACUGGGCCUUCCUGGGUGUGGACGAGGCCCACCGUCUGAAGAACGAUGACUCCCUGCUUUAUAAAUCACUGAUCGAAUUCCGCUCCAACCACCGGCUGCUGAUCACGGGCACCCCGCUCCAGAACUCCCUCAAAGAGCUGUGGUCCCUGCUGCACUUCCUCAUGCCAGAAAAGUUUGAGUCCUGGGAGGAUUUUGAGGAUGAGCAUGGGAAAGGGAGAGAUAACGGCUACCAGAGCCUGCACAAAGUCCUGGAGCCCUUCCUGCUCAGGCGCGUCAAAAAGGAUGUGGAAAAAUCGCUCCCCGCCAAGGUGGAGCAGAUCCUCCGUGUGGACAUGUCCGCCCAGCAGAAGCAGUACUACAAAUGGAUUCUUACCAGGAACUACAGGGCCCUGUCCAAAGGCAACAGAGGCAGCUCCUCUGGCUUCCUGAACAUCGUCAUGGAGCUGAAGAAGUGCUGUAACCAUGGUUUCCUCAUCAAACACCCUGAAGAGGUGGAGGAGGAGUCAAAGGAGCAUUUGAAGAGCCUGGUACGGGGCAGUGGGAAGCUGGUGCUGCUGGACAAGCUGCUGACGCGGCUGAGGGAGAGAGGGAACCGCGUGCUCAUCUUCUCCCAGAUGGUCCGCAUGCUGGACAUCCUGGCCGACUACCUGGCUUACAAGCACUACCCAUUCCAGCGUCUGGAUGGCUCCAUAAAGGGCGAGAUUCGCAAGCAAGCACUGGACCACUUUAACGCAGAGGGUUCGGAGGACUUCUGCUUCCUGCUGUCCACGAGGGCCGGAGGCCUGGGCAUUAACCUGGCCUCUGCUGACACCGUGGUCAUCUUCGACUCGGACUGGAACCCUCAGAACGACCUGCAGGCUCAGGCCAGGGCUCACAGGAUUGGACAGAAGAAGCAGGUGAAUAUUUAUCGAUUGGUCACCAAGGGAACCGUGGAGGAGGAGAUCAUUGAGAGGGCCAAGAAGAAGAUGGUUCUGGACCAUCUGGUCAUUCAGAGAAUGGACACCACUGGGCGCACUGUGCUGGACAACAACAACACCCCGUCAGGAAAUUCAAACUCGAACCCUUUCAAUAAAGACGAACUUACUGCCAUCUUGAAGUUUGGUGCUGAGGAACUUUUCAAGGAGCUAGAAGGGGAAGAGUCAGAGCCACAGGAAAUGGACAUUGAUGAGAUCCUGCGCUUGGCAGAGACCCGCGAGAGUGACCUGGGAUCCAGUGCCACUGAUGAGCUGCUCUCUCAGUUCAAGGUGGCGAACUUCACCAUGGACGAGAACGUGCCCGAGCUGGAGGAGAGGCCGCACCGCGAAUGGGACGACAUCAUCCCCGAAGACCUGCGGCGGAAGGUGGAGGAGGAGGCGAAGCAGAAGGAGAUGGAGGACAUCUACAUGCUGCCUCGCAGCCGCAGCUCCAACAAGAGGGCACGGGCCAACGACAGUGACAGCGACGUCGGCUCCAAACUCAAGAACCACUCGUCUGGGUCGGACAGCGAGACGGACGACAGCGAGGACGACAAGAAGCCCAAGAGGCGCGGAAGGCCACGGGCACGCAAGAACAACGUGGAGGGCUUCACCGACCCCGAGAUCCGCAGGUUCAUAAAGGCAUACAAGAAGUUUGGAGCACCUUUGGACAGGCUGGAGGCUGUCGCACGGGACUCAGAGCUGGUGGACAAGUCCAUUGCAGACCUGAAGCGUCUGGGAGAGCUGAUACACAACAGCUGUGUGGCAGCCAUACAAGAGCACGAGGAACAGCUCAAAGAGAACCCUGCAGAAGCUAAGGGUCCUGGGAAGAGGCGAGGGAUCAACAUCAAGAUCUCCGGGGUUCAGGUCAACGCCAAGUCCAUCAUUCAGCACGAGGAGGAGUUUGAGCCUCUGCACAAAGUUAUCCCCUCCAACCCAGCCGAGAGGAACAAGUUCCAGUUGACAUGCCGAGUGAAGAUUCCUCACUUCGACGUGGACUGGGACAACCAGGAUGACACUCAGCUUCUGCUUGGCAUUUACGAGCACGGCUACGGCAACUGGGAUCUGCUCAAGACUGACCCAGAACUCAAACUGGCUGACAAGAUCCUCCCAGAUGACCCAGACAAGAAGCCUCAGGCCAAGCAGCUGCAGCUGCGGUCAGACUACCUGCUGAAGAUGCUCAAGAAGGAGCAGGACAGCAAAGAGCUCUCCAAGGCUGGUGAAGAGGUUGUAGUGAAGAAGCGAAAGCCUCGUGUGAAGAAAGAGAACAAGAUCCCUAAAGACGAGCUGUCCAACGACGUCUCCUCCCCGCGCGUCUCUGACAACCCCUCUGAGGAGGGAGAGGUCAAGGAUGACGUGGCUGAUAAAUCACCUGCCAAAAAGAGACCGAAGAAGAAGGAUAACAAAGAGAACAAAGAGAAGCAGGGAACUCCUAAAAAAGAUAAAGGCGCUGACAAAGACAAGAAGCGAUCCAAGGCGAAAAAAGAAAAGAUGAAGGCAGGAGCCAAAGGCAAGAAACCCCAGGGGCCCGUACACAUCACAGCAGGCAGUGAUCCCGUCCCCAUCGGGGAGGAGGAUGAUGAGCUGGACCAGGAGACCUUCAGCAUCUGUAAAGAGCGUAUGCGCCCGGUGAAGAAGGCUCUGAAGCAGCUGGAUAAGCCAGACGAGGGGAUGAGCGUGCAGGACCAGUUGCAGCACACGCGCACCUGCCUGCUGAAGAUCGGAGACCGCAUCACAGAGUGCCUUAAAGCCUACAGCGACCCCGAGCACGUCAAAACAUGGCGCAGAAACCUGUGGAUUUUUGUGUCCAAAUUCACGGAGUUUGGGGCCAGGAAGCUGCACAAGCUGUAUAAGAUGGCCCAGAAGAAACGCUCGCAGGAGGAGGAGAAGGAGCAUCGUAAGAAGGAGGACUCGGGCAAGAAGAAGCCCUUCAGGCCUGAGCCCUCUGGAUCCAGUCGGGACUCCACGGGCACCCAACCCUCCCAGAAAGGCCACCCCUCUCAGCCGGGCCACGGCAACCACAGAGAGCCCUACGGUCAGAGACACUACCCCGGAGACGAACGAGGAGACUGGAAGAGGGAUCGGGGCUAUGGUUACCCAGGCAACAGCAACAGCAACCAGUCAUGGCAGGGUGACCGGCACCACCCCUACGACCGCUACAAGGACCAUCACUAUGGCGAUAGGCGUCCCCAUGGUGACUCCUACCGGAGCUCAGGGGGCUACCGCAGCAGCGGCUCCCCGCGGAAGAGGCCCUACGAGCAGUAUGGGAACGACCGCGAUGACCGCGACGACCGCGACCACAGAGGCCACCGAGACAACUACUAUGACAGACAUAUGGACCCCAAGAGGAGGCGAUCAGAUGACUUCCGCUCCCAGAGCUAUGGCAGCAGUGGAGGAGGCAGCGGAGGAGGUGGAGGAGGAAGUGGAGGAGGAGGAGGAGGAGGCAGCAGCAGCGGAGGCCAUGGAGCAGACUUUCGGCGGAUGCCCGAUCACAGAGGAGCCCCAGGGAACCAUGGCCCCAGCACAGGGCCCGACCACCACCGGCCCUUCCACCCCGACAAACCCGCUCCUCUGCUAGAUCCGCGCUCCCCGCAGGCCCAGAAGUCUCCCCAUGAUUCACACACGCCCCCCGAGCGGACCCCCGUCGAGCCCAAACCCGUGGGGGACUUCAACUGGAACAGCAGGUAGACGGGCUCCGGGCCUCCAGAGACCUCAGGCCUAGAGGCCAGACAUGGUGCCCAGUGAAGGCUGCCCUCGCUGGGGGGGGGAAAGGGAGAAUGGCUUGCUGCUGCUGCUGCCGCCGCCACCACCACCACCUCUGGUGUUGGCCUAGUGCAGCCAGUGGGAGCUCCCCUUCUCCAUACACAAACAACCUGCUCAACAGAAGGGGAUCAAGACAAGCAAGCACCAUCUCCACUCCCCCCUUCCCAUGGCCAUCAGGAGUGCAGCCAAGAGGUCCAACCCGCUCCAGACCCCCUUCCCCCCCUCUUCACUACCUGAGACAGGUCACAGCUUGACCCAGCGGAGCAGACUGGAGACACUGUCUAACUGUUAGCUAGCGUUCUAUGGACUCCGUGAACUGAACAAUGUUAAGUCCUAUGGACUGUUACAGGAGCAAUCUCGAUGCCUUUUUGAAAAGUAUGAUUGAAUGACACACAUUUUGAAGUGCCUGAUGCAUUUGGCCUUUUGAACGUAAACAGAGAAGGGAUCGACCCCCACCACAAGAGUAAAACGUUUAUUUUUUGAUGUUUGUCGCUUUCGAUUGUUUUGUAGUUGUCAUUGUAUUCUUUUCCAAAAAAAAAUGUGGAUCUGUAUUCUUAGAAAAGAGUAGUCUGUGUUACAAAAACUGAUCAUGGCUGCUGCACCUUCAUGCCAUGGAAGCUUUACAUUGAGGAAGCUCUGGUGAAGCCAUCACGUGUUUUUGAUUUGGCUCUUCCCCUCAGCACCUUUCUCAAAGGCUCACACCCUCUAGAAGGACUAUCAGUGAAUUACACUGAAACAGCUUCCUUUUAAACAAUAAUAAUGUCACUUUAAAUGUUAAUGAUAAUGAAUCAUUAGUAACCACUUCUGGUUUUUUUCCAUCACUGAAUUGACCAGUCUGCUAAAAGAAAAAAAAUACCAUUGGUAUGGUUGUAGAUUUGUAUCUAUCCCUUAGCUGUGCUACAAGCACAUAACUGUUGAUGGUCGCCCAGCUUAAUGGUAAGAACGGGGCUUUUAUGCACCAGUAUUCAAGGUCUGUGUAUGUCUUUAACGGAUGACUGAGAACACUAUGAUAUCUAAGCUACUUUCCCUCUUCAUUGUUUUUGUUGUCCAAAGGAUGUACACAUUGAGCCAUUUCAAUGCCUGUUGGGGCCUCAUUGGCCAGUAUAGGCAGUAGGAAUCAUUCUUCUGCAUCUGAUAUUGCACUAAAAGUUCAGUACUCUACAACUCCUCUGUUUUUCUACUUUGUACGUAUUGAGUGAUGUACUCAAGAAAGAAAAUAGUGUAACUUGCUCUUUAUUUUUCCCCUUCUUUCUUUCUUUUUUAUCUGUUAUGUGUAUGAUUUACAUCUACCUUAGAAAGUCUUUAAAAAAAAAAAAAAAAAAGGAAAUGAUCCAAGGAUGUGUCAGGACAAGAACCUGACAGACAGGAGUCUCCAGCACAGAGAACAGCAGACUCUGCCUUGGUUCCCGCCCACAUCUGGUCUGGCACUGUAUGAGUAGACGGGCAGUGCUCUGCAGCCAAUCGGAGCCACGACCCCGAUUGAACAUGAAUCACGUGGAAAUGUAUGUUGUGGUUUUCUUUUUUUUUUUUUUGGUUGGUAUAUUUUCCUCUAACAUUCUCUCCAUGUGCCUUAAUUCGUAUGUCCAUUCACAUGAAUAUGGAUGCCAGGACGUUCUGUGAUUUGAACAUCGUGAUGUCUCAGUAUUAGGUGGUCGUGAUUGUCAUAAUCAAAGAACGCAGGAAGACUGCUUGAGUCCACUCGGGGAAAGGGGGUGGGAACAAACUUUCAGGUUGUGUGAAGGCAACGGGGGGGAUGAUUUUAAUGUCUUUGAAUCAGUGUUUGUGUGUGCAUAUACAAUGGUGGAGGGUAUCUGUUGCAAGAGACUGCUGGGAAAAUCUUCCUGACCCCCCCCCCCCCCCCUGCCAACCAGACACUACCCAACAGCCCUCAGAGCUGAACUGAUCCUGACAGACAUGCCAACCAGAAUAAUUUAUAGACGAGAUGAAACUAAAACGCCACUGGUCACACAAGCUAUUCUGUACAUAUGUUUAUAGACCUAUAUGUAUUAAACUUUCCUACAUCAAAAUGUUA